ACUGCUAUUAUAAUGGCGAAAUUUACGAUUAUAUGGGAACAAAAGCAGUUACUGAAUAUAAUAACACCUGUCAGAGAUGGGAAAUGCAGGAACCCCAUCGUCAUACUUAUAAAGUGACAGAUUUUCCGGAUCUGACGAUGCCGGAAAACUACUGCCGAACUACAAGAGAUUCUGUUCGACCCUGGUGUUACACGACGAUACCGGACAAAGAACACAGAUGGGAAUAUUGUAAUAUAAGUAGUUGCAAAAUUGACUUGUCAGGUUUAUCGGAAGUUUGUAUGGAUGGAAUGUUUGGCUAUAAAUGCUAUUUCCAAUGUCAAUGUCACAUGAACCAAUCAUGUAAUAAAAAGACGGGAAAAUGUCCUAGCGGGAGAUGUGCGGACGGAUUUUGGGGACCAGGAUGUCAGCUUUUAAACAACUGCUAUUAUAAUGGACAAAUUUACGAUUAUAUGGGAACAAAAGCUGUGACAGAAAAUAAUAAAACCUGCCAGAGAUGGGAAAUGCAGGAACCCCAUCGCCAUAAUUAUAUAGUGACUGAUUUUCCGGAUCCGACGAUGCCGGAAAACUACUGCCGAGCUACAAAGGAUUCUCGUCGACCCUGGUGUUACACGACCGACAAAGACAAGAGAUGGGAAUAUUGCAAUAUAAGUCACUGCUGUACGUAUAUAAACAUGUGCUUUCUUAUACUACGUAGAUCUAUGUGA